UCGCACAUCUUUCUUACUAGAAUGAGACGUGAGACCUUCCAGCCUCAUGAUGAUUAACUUGCUCACAAAUGCCACUCAUUUAGCCUGAUGGCACAUGCUCACGUACGCUGAUGACUAAAACGUAGCGUGUCGAUUACCCCGCGAACUGGCUUAUCUGGCGGACGGCGUACAACACGUUGCGCGACAAUCCUUCCCUCAACGCUAGUCACGCACCAUCAUCGGCUCUAGCAAGUUUACCAUGGCAAUUCGACUGAUUGACACCGACACUUUGGAGCUGAAAUCGUUUGUGGAGUCUGACGUUCCCAAGUAUGCGAUUCUAUCACACACCUGGGGCCCCGAAGCAGAUGAAGUCACAUUCCAGGACAUGUUGGCUAUGAAUAGAGGGUCUGAGAAUCCAAAAAGGGAGCGACCAGGAUAUCUCAAGAUCAUCGAAACUUGCCGAAAAGCCAGGUUAACCGGCAUUGGCUACUGUUGGGUGGACACAUGUUGCAUCGACAAGACCAGCAGUGCUGAGCUGAGCGAAGCGAUCAACUCCAUGUUCAAAUGGUAUCGCGAUGCAGCUGUUUGCUAUGUCCUCUUGUCUGACUUCGAGAUUGGAGAUACCCGAGACAUGACGUCGAUCAGCGGAUCCAGAUGGUUUAAGAGAGGCUGGUGUUUACAGGAGCUUGUCGCUCCGCGACACGUUGAGUUCUUUGACCGAUUAUGGAGCUUCCUUGGAACAAGAGAAGAACUGUCGUCCCGUAUCUCGAAAAUCACAGCUAUUGCAACGAAUGUUCUGACCGGACAGGUAUCCAUGGAUACACUUCCGAUAGCUCAAAGGCUGGCGUGGGCAGCGAAGAGAGAGACAACGAGAACAGAAGACAUUGCUUAUUGUCUUUUGGGGAUUUUCGACAUACAGAUGCCUAUUCUUUAUGGGGAGGGCACAAAAGCGUUCAUACGUCUGCAAGAAGAGAUCAUGAAACAGUCGAACGAUCGUUCGCUCUUCGCGUCACGGCAACCUGGCGUGCGGGAGCGGUACUGCAGUUUGCUAGCGCCUUCCCCAAGGUACUUCGCUCAUUGUGCGAACCUCGUCCAUACAGAGAGUCACGUGUAUCAGGGUAGUGCAUAUGCUUUGACCAACAGAGGAUUGCAAUUUUCUGAGACUGAACUCUAUAUCGACUAUCUUUCCGGCUUAUAUGUCUUACCUCUAUCCUGUAUCUCGUCACCAGAUGCAGAGGUUAUCGAGGGUUUACUUCUAGAGCAAGUCGGACCGAAUCUUUUCGCAAGAUUGAGUCAGCGGCCUCGUGUGGAUAUUGUACAUCAAAUCCGCUUUAAGCGGAAAGUGCCUUCAUUUGUCAAGAAAGGGAUACAUAUCGCCUCGCAUGUCACACCUUCGAUUCAUGCAGACAUGCUCUUGGCAGAUGAGUAUUCGAUACAAGUAUCGUCAGAUACACUCAGGCUUGAUCAUCCCUACGCACUACAGAUUGAAGACGAGAUAGCCGGUAGCCACCGAUGGGACAUUGCUGGACUGCGGUUCCUUACGAGGGGUCAUCCAAACUUCCGAGGCUACUGGAAAGUCAACGUAGAGCAGGCGUUGAGCUUGAGCGAUAGGUACCUGGUACGUGACAUGGAAAAACAAUAUUGUUAUCUAUCCUGUGGGUUUGAGUGGCGGGAUAGAACCAAAGGAAGAACGUCAGAACCGUGGGUCUUUCUAUACACAGAAUCGUUCCAAAAACAGUAUAAUGGUACCGGUAUUGUUCCAAGUCCUUUCCUUCAGCUCUCAGGCCAGAAAAGUCUUGCAACGAGUCGACUGUAUCUCGGUCGUCAUCGAUAUACUCGUGUGUACCUUGACGCGUCGAUUAAGGUAGACGAGCAGCCACGGAAAUACAGGCUCAAAUUCAACUUGACCAAAGCGGGAUAAAUAAGUAAAAAAAACUAGGCUAGAGAUUCGUGGGCUUGACCUUCGCGUCAGGUAAAUUGAUGAUUCGACAAGUACAGAGCUACCACCUUCAAAGUUGUUAGAGCGUGGAGCUGUCUACAUAAUGGCGCAACGAAUAUUGGUUAAGUGGUUGUUUGGUGAUUGCUGCCGGCGAAUUAGCGUCACAACCUUACCAGCCACGUUAGAGUUGUAUGGAAUUUGUAUGCGACCGAGUACAUCAUUAG